GCACACCUGGCCCAACCUCCAGAGUGAGAGGCGAUGACAGUUGGAUCCUAGAGGUGCUGGGACACACACACACCCGCCGCGUACGCGAGUGCGAGCAGACAAACACCUGGGCUGUCGUCUGUGGGCACACACAUCAAGUUAACCGACAGAGGGGCUACAAAUAAAAGCUCAGCUGCAUCCCUGUGUAUGGUAUUCUGACUUGUCUGACGAACUGACAUGAACGGCAAAGUCUCUGAACAAAUGAAGGAAUUCCCGUCAGUCGCUAUCCGAAUGAUCACGCUUCUUAUUUUGAGCUUUAUUACAUUUGGAAUUCAACAGCAAGUGCAAGCAAGCACUGAUGGCACAACAACAGGCAGUACGAUGACAGCAAGUUAUUUGGUCACAUCGAGCUCCACAAGUGAACCCACCAAAUUACCUGCUUGUGGUGGUGUAUACAAUGCUUCAUCCGGUUUCAUUACGUCUCCAUUGUACCCGAGGCAGUACCCGCCUGAUCAGGACUGUGUUUACAUAAUCAAUGCUACAAUAGGAUAUCGCAUAACCGUGUUAUUUCUCAAUUUUGAGGUUUUAGAUGGAAGUCAAGGCUGCACGCACGACUAUCUGCAAAUUAGAGAUGGUGGACUUAUAACAUCACCGCUUAUGGACACCUACUGUGGCACCACACUUUACAGAAAACUAUCAUCAUCAAACAUCUUGUGGAUCAAAUUCCAUUCUGAUUCUUCGCAAUCCGGAGCUGGCUUUCAGAUACAGUAUACUACAGCUGUAAUCCCCCAGACGUUCUUUCUUUUCACAACUGAUUAUCCAAGAAUUUAUCGCGAAGAGCUCUACGCGUACAGUCUGACUGAGAUUUCUCCAAGUACUGGGCUGCAAUCCCCUGAUGGCAUUAAUUACGACCAAAUGAAGAAUUACAUGUACUGGAUUAAUAAAGCAGAGAAGACGAUCAGAUCAGCUAACAUGGACGGCAGCAACGUUCGACUUUUUCAUAAUUUGGGCCCUGACGCUGUGCCGGCCGGCAUGUGUUUAGACGCACUGUCCAGGCUCAUCUUCUACACAGACGCAGGCAAUAAAGUCAUCGGCAUGAUCACCAUGUACAGCAACACUCAUCGAAUAGUCAUCAACUCCUCACUUGACAUGCCGAAAGACAUCGAACUUGACAAACACAAUGGGGUAAUGUACUGGAGUGACCGUGGCGCCACACCUACCAUAGAGCGAGCCAAUUAUGACGGUACAGGACGUCAGACUCUGGUCUCAGGGGGCGAGUAUCUCAACCAACCGAACGCCAUCGCUCUCGACACCAACAGCGGCAGACUGUACUGGGCGGAUGGAGGCACGCAAAAAGUCGGCUGGGUGGAUUUAGAAGGAAGAAACACUAAGGUGAUUAUACACCGAGAGGGAUCACGAUUCUGUGGCAUGGACAUCUAUCUGAAUGACCUCUUCAUUUCAGACUGGGGCAAUGAGACGGUAAAGCCACAAAUAUAUCGCUAUGGAACGGAUGGCAACUACCAACACUGGGUUGCGGAGUCCGAUGUGCGAUUAAAUGAUAUCCGUGUCUACUCAGAGGAAGCAGAAAAUAAAGGGCCAAACGGAUGUGGAAACAACAACGGUGGUUGUAGUUACAUCUGUAUACCGACUCCUGGCAACAGAAGUAAAUGUCUUACUGAUGGCACAGAGUCCACAAAAGGAGAUGGCAUAAAUACGGACAGUACAAUGACAGCACGUGAUUUGGUGACAUCGAGCACGACAGCAAUACGUGAUGGCAUAAAGACAGACAGUACAAUGACAGCACGUGAUUUGGUGACAUCGAGCACUACAGGUGAUCCAACCAAAUUACCAGGAACAGAAUCUACCAGCACUAAAACUGUGAUCAUCACUGCUGUCUGCGUGGUAGUUGGUGUUGUGGUAGUUAUUGUCGUUGUCGCAGUCGUUGUGUUUAAACUAAGAUGGAGAGAAAACAAGCCUAACAUUCCAUUGGAAUCACUGCUCGACACACCAAAUCCCGCCUUUGAUGCUGGUGACAUUAUUUACGGUAAGAGGGGCUGUGAACAACCUGAGACAUUCAAAGAAAAAAGCCUCGUACUUUCUAGAGGAAAACAAGCUCUUUCAUACAAGGGCGAUUAUUUAACCGUGACAGUUGUAGAAGAUCCUUCUUAUGACGAUUUGGUUUCUGUCCACGAUGCAGAUGAGAGCAGCUGUCAACAACCUGUGACGUUCACCCAGGGAGCGUUACUUCCUUACAUGGCAAAUAGGGAACAAGCGACCGCACCUAGUGAUGGUUAUUCGAAUCUGACCGAUGAAGAAGAACAUUUUUAUGACGAGUUUCUUUCCAGUCCCGAAACAGAGUGAGUGGGAGACGAACCACUCACUGUUUGGUCUUCACUUGAACUUCAGACUUCAGACUUCACCGUGGACUGAGCUCAAAGCAGGAGCUUCACAACAUUAGAUGGCGAUUCCACCGAAACGGACUGACUUUUUAUCCUCGAAGAAAUAAAUUAGUCUUUUUGCUAGAGUAUGAAAAAAAUAAUAUCUUUUUAUGAGCGGAUGAAAGUUAGUCAAAUUUAUUUUUGUAUUGGACUACACCUUUAAAUACUGUUUAAGCAGACUUGUAAGCAGAACAAGCAGUUAACCCAUGUCCGUGUCACUUUUGCGUUGACCACACUCAGCGCCUUCAUCCAGUCAGCAGUUCUUAAAUGAAUACACUGGUUUAUUUAAAUGUCAGCAGCUAAUUAAAGACAUACAGGUUUUAAAUUUUUUUAACAAAAAUGUUCGCUCUCGUGUUCUGUUUGUGCGCACCAGUUUAUUUCAGAAUAUGGAGAAACUGUGGAAAAUUCGUGUUUGCUUAUUACUUUUGCUCCUUGCUCUGUAAAAUAAUAUAAUAUACUUUGUACAAAUAUUACACAUUUUCCUGCUCUUUAUAGGCAACGCUACUUGUAUUUGUUGUAUGUUUUUUGUUUACAGAUUACAUUAAGAUUUAGUUCAGGUUUUUGCUCUUUUAACAUUGUUAGUUUAGAAUGGUGUCUUAUUUUGAACGGACGAAGUGUUGUUCUGCAUAGUAAUUUCUGAAAUAUUGUUCUUUAUAGUCAUUUCUAGAAGAGUUUGGAGAAAGAUUUACCCCAUAACCCAUGUUUGUUGAACUCUGUUUUACUUUUUCUGUAUGUCAAGCAGAAAAGAGAAUGUAGUUAUCCUUAGUAAGGUCUAUUACUAUGACAACGGCCCUGUACAUUGUCCUUGCUUAGCUUUUAUGUAUUUUUCUGUAGUUGUUUGAUAUUUAUUCAUAAAUAAUCAAAAAAACUAAUGGCACAGAGUUUUUUCAGGUUUAGUUUGCUUUCACAUUUACCCCCCAAAAAAGCCCCUGCGAUUUCUGACUGUAUAGCUCAGACAUUAGGUUCUCAAACAAAGACGCACAGUCCACUACUAAUGACCUUUGCCCUUCUCCUUAAGAUUGUUGGCUCGCAAGGACAUUUACACCGGUGACCUCGAGCGCAUUUAUUUUUCCAAAAGUUCAUAAUAUAUUCCACCCCCCUUUCUGCCACACUUUAUUACUUAUUCAUUAUCCUUUUUAUGUUAAGAAGCAAAUAAAGAUAUACUAUAAAAAGUUAACUGAUUUUUUUUUUGCUCAGUCAACAUGUUUAAUAUCUAAUUAGUAUUUUAUAGCUGGCUCUUUAAUACAAACACCUUGAAAUCGUAUAAAUCACAAAUUUUAUAAAUAUACAUCUACAUAUAAUAAAGAUCAUAACUAGAUACAAAAAAGAAUGAAGGGACAAAGCUGCAGACUUCAGGUGAGUUAAAUGACAACAUUACUCCACAAUGUAUAUUUAAGUUAAUCUGUAAUUCACUGAUUCUUAUUUUUAGUUUUGAGCAGAUCUUUUGAACCUUAAACAAAAUAAGUACCGUAAUCAUGUUGCUGUAUGUUAGAAAACAUAUGCUUGAUUUUGAGUAUUUCAACAAAAAUGUCUUUUCAGUAUAUGGGGGAUUCAUUACAAAAAAAAAACAAAAA